GCCUUUGGGCGGCUGGUCGGGGAGAGCAUGGCGGCCUGGUUCCCGGAUGGCAUCCACGCCGACAGCAACACCUACCGCAUCGUGCCUGGGGGCUACGCCGUGGUAGGAGCGGCCGCGCUCUCCGGCGCUGUGACCCACACGGUCUCCACCGCCGUGAUCGUCUUUGAGCUGACGGGCCAGAUCUCCCACAUCCUGCCCGUGAUGAUCGCCGUCAUCCUGGCCAACGCCGUGGCCCAGAGCCUGCAGCCCUCGCUCUACGACAGCAUCAUCCGCAUCAAGAAGCUGCCGUACCUGCCCGAGCUGGGCUGGGGACACCAGGAGAAGUACAACGUGCGGGUGGAGGACAUCAUGGUGCGGGACGUGCGUUACGUCACCCUGAACUGCAAGUACCGCGACCUGCAGGAGGUGCUGUACAGCACCAAGCUGAAGAGCCUGGCGCUGGUGGAGUCAGCUGAGUCCAUGAUCCUGCUGGGCUCCAUCGAGCGGGCCCAGGUGGUGGCGCUGCUGAGCGGCCAGUUGGGCUAUCAGCGCCGCCUGCAGUACAUGCAGGAGAGGGCACAGGCCGGGAGGAACAGCGUCGCCGAGAAGCCCCAGGACGAGGCCGGCCACAAGGCCUCCGACACGGGUGUGCGGUUCCAGAUCAGCACAGAGGAAUCGUCAUCGGCCCUGCCACACGGAGAGUCCCGCAAGCCCCUGAAGCCGGCGCUCAAGCGAAGUCCCAGCAGCUUGGUGGAGAGCCCCACAGCCGGGAGCCCAGAUCCCUCAGGCAUUGCCCUCAAGAGCCUCUUCUGCGCCAGCACCGCCACGGAGCCCGCUGAGGCUGAGAAUUCAGCACCGCCCGAAAAGCGCAAGUCGAAGCGCGUCCGCAUUUCCGUCGCGGACCAGUCUGAGCUGCCUGGCGAGAUGAGCCCCUCCGAGCUCGUGGAGUGGGAAGAGCAGCAGCUGGACCAGCCCGUGAACUUCAACAACAGCAAGAUCGACCCUGCUCCCUUCCAGCUGGUGGAGCGCACCUCCCUGCACAAGACUCACACCAUCUUCUCACUCCUGGGCGUGGACCACGCAUAUGUGACCAGCAUUGGGCGCCUCGUUGGCAUGGUGUCCCUCAAAGAGCUGCGCAAGGCCAUCGAGGGGUCGGUCACUGCCAAGGGCGUGAAGGUCCGCCCGCCCCUGGCCAGCUUCCGGGACAGCACCGCCAGCAGCAGCGAGACGGAGACCACGGACAUCCACCAGCUGUGGGACCGGCGCCAGCGCCUCUCCAUCCCCCGCGAGUCCAGCCCCUCUGAGACGGACGACAAGUGCCAGUGAGGGGUGGGGCCGGCGGGUAGAGCCCGCCCCAGCUGCUGACGGACAUGACAGACACUGCCAGCCCCAGCGGCGGUGGCGCCGGUGCCACUGCCCCUUUGUGCCUGCAGCCCUGACACCCUGCACGGCCGGACUCGCCGCCUGCCACCAGGGGAGGAGCCAGAGCCCCAGCAAGCCACUGCCAUCAGCCCUGCCCCAGGGGCUGCCCCGGCAGCCCGUGUGGUGAAGAGGAAGGGUGCAUCAAGUCCAGCCCCUGGCCUCCGCCUGCGAGGUUCUCUGGGCCGCUGGCGCAGGGCUCCUGGGGGCAGAAUGCAAAUAUCCAGCUUCCUGCAGCACCACCCCCAGCUGCCAGGGGCGACUGGUUCCCCAACCAGCACUGAGUUCGAAUCCCCCCGCCCCCCAACUCUGCAAAUGCCUCAGCCCCGGGCCCUCCAGCCCCAGCUCUGCCAGUGCCCCUGAAUCCCGCCCCACAGCCCGCCCCCUUGGCUCGACCUGCCGGUGCCCCCCCGGCCUGAGCCGCCCCCCCCCCCCCCCCCCCCGCUGUUCAAUCAUGCUACCUC